AUUCGUGGAUUAUGUCGUAGCGCGAUCGAUGACACCGAUUAUAAUAUAAUGAGUUUCGCAUUAAUAUUGAACAUGAAGAAAAUCUUCAUUAGGGACCAUGCAUAAAUUCAUUAUACUCCGUACUGGUUGUUCAUUCGUCUUUCAUGCAGUCGAUCGUCUUCCGCCCAACAGUAUGAUAUCAUGUUCUGUUGAAAUAUAUAUGGCAUCAAGAAGAAGAACAUGAAUUGAUUUAUUCCCCGUUUCUUUAACCAGUUGCACAAGAGCCUCUUGUUGCUCCGUCCUGGUCCUCGAGUGCAUUGUCGUCGCGACGCACAUUGAUUCAACCGUGCCGCGACCUGCGCGACCGAGAGCUGUGUGGAGCAAGGACAACACUUUCGAAUUCGGACCUAGACAACAUCAGCAGGCAAAAUCCACGACAUCAAGGACGCAGAGACGCCACACCUUCCGAUUCUGCAGCUGUUCUUAACUCGCUGGGCGUUCUUGUUAGAGCAGUUACUAGGCGGGUCAGCGUCAGGGUCUUGGAAGACCAAACGUCCCUUGUCGGAAACACGCUAGAUCAGAUUUCAUCCCUCGUCUCGACGCGAUGUUUUUCUGGAGGAAGGCGCGUCCGCCAACGCCCCUACCGGGGUUCAUGCGGAAAGUAAAGGUCUGCUGUACUAUUGGACCUAGCUGCGACAGCGCAGAAACUUUAGAUAAAAUGGUGGCGGAGGGGAUGAACAUUGCUCGAUUUAACCUGUCGCACGAGAACUCUGCGAUUCACAAAGCGGCAAUACAAAACGUGCGGAAAGUCACAGAAGGUAGUUUUCCAGUCCUUGUUUUUCUUCUUUAUUACGUUCUACGAGUAGUUAUAGUGCUGAGAACUCGUUCCUGUGUCUUAUAGCAGACGAGGCCGUUGAGUCAUGAUCAUACGUUCAAGGUUAUGAACAUGAAUCCGUACAUUACAGCCUCUUCACGAACGAAUCCGGUCGGGGUUGUUUUGGAUACACGAGGUAAAGAAAUCCGUACGACAAGCCGGCCCGCAGCUUUAGACCUUUUAGAGUUAUGCAUAUGCUGCUUUUUGAUUCUUGUUUUCCUUCCACUUUUAUCAGAGCAUGUUGUUGUAGUUCUUCAAUUUUCAUCAGACUAUUAUUUUCCUUUAUCCAGUUACAUUUUCCGAGUACGUAGCAGGUUACAACUUCUUCCAGCGCUCGUUCUGCUGCUCUGACAAUCAAAGAUUCCUACAUGAUUCCGAAAUUCUACCUCCUACCUGUACCUGCCUGCGUCUCCUCUAACUCUAGGCCAAAAGGUGCAGCUUCUUUCCGCUCGUAAAAACUACCAAAUUGGUGGAUCUAGUUCGUCAAGUGCAAGCACAACUAGCACUAGCAGUGGAGGGAACAACUCUUCAAGUAUUGGCGCAACAGAUGGCUCCCCUCCGACAAUUGUGUUGAAGUAUCCCGAGAUCGAAACGCUACUGCACCCGGGUCACACUAUACGAAUGCAGGAUGGCGAAAUACAGUUGAGGGUUCUCAACGUCGAUCCGCGAUCAGGCCUCCUCGAAUGUGAAGUCCUAUUCGACGCAACGUUGGUUAUGCAGAAGUAUUCGAAAACUCAAAAUAACCGAGUUACUGAAUGAAAUAAGGGAGGUAGCUAGCUCUGACAAGCCUACUCUUCCUUCUCAUCAGUAUCUCGGUUGUUCUGAUCAGUUCCUUGCUUAAAUUUCAGUUUUUCGAAGUGUGCGCUGUGCAAGUAGUUGCGCUAUCACUUCUUAUAUAAUAUCGGUGUGCUGUGCCGUACAUGAUCAACUACUGCUAUCUUCCCUGUCGAACACUCGACGUUGUAGUUGUUGGUCUUCUUUAUCAUCAUGGACGAAGGUUCUUCAAGAAUUGUUGUCGAACAACACCGUACUAGCCUCCUUCCUAGUGCUUAUCUAUAUCUACGACCUCGUCAAUCACUGACUUUCAUUUCAUAAGUCAUAUUAUACUAGAGACUACCUAGCUUUCGUCCAAAUUAGGCCUCAUCUCUAACGUCAGUGCUGACGCAAAAAACGUUCAUUUUCCAGAGGAUGUGGAACUGCCUGCGACCGAAAUCCUAAAGCCCGAAGACACACAGGAUCUCGAUAUGCUUGCUCCAUUCGCAGAUGGCAUCCUCUUGUCUUUCGCUGAAACUGCGAAGGAGGUACUUCUACUUUCAUCGAUGUGCUGGAUCUACUAUCGUUAGUACCUCAAGUUGAGCAUGCUUAAUUUUCAAUUUAUUUUUGGCUCAUCAAGCUCAAGAUGGACUGUGAAUUAUGUUCUUCUUCUUGUUUUACACAUACUUACACUAGGUCGAUCUGGUGCGUCACCGAUAUCCAGGCAAGGAGAUAGUGUCGAAGAUUGAGAGCGUGAAAGGUCUCAAAAACCUCGAAGACAUUAUUGACUUGUCAGAUGGGAUUAUGGUGGCUCGUGGAGAUUUGGGCAUGGCGAUAGAGGAAGCUCUGCAUAGUGUUUAUGCUGAGAGAUGAGAACCAUCUUCAAUUAAUACUGUACUUACUUGUGUAGUCUAUCAUGUACUUAUGAGAAACAAGCUCAACCUCAUUCAAGCUCCGCAUCCUAGUCGUGGUCAUUAUGCUUGAAGUCAUCAUGAUUUAUACUUCUGUCCUCUGUGAAGAACGAGGAGGACUUGCCAUGAUAGCCAUAGCUUUUUUACACUUUGACUUUGGCACACGACUUUUGAUUACUUACGACCAAGAACAUCGAACUGUUGCAACUGCAUCGUCCUCCUCAAAAACAAAAGCUCCUGUUCCCCUUUUCUUCAUAAAAAGCAGAAGUACAUCAUUUCGAAAUGUAACGAUGUUGGAUGUCCAGUUUGGGUCGCUACGCAGAUGCUUGAGAGCAUGAAGACAUCGAGAAAGGCCACAGUCGCGGAGUUGAGCGAUAUUAGUAUUAAGGCUUGUUCUUGGAUUUGCAUUUGGAAGAUUUGGAAUCUUCCAUGAUCUUCAUCUUCUUUCAGAAGCGUUCUGGUGCCUCUCUCAAAGAGAAAUGCUUUUCAGAAGCAUCCUGCCUGGUGCAAUCUUCCAUGAUGUGAUCUUCAGAUGAAGCCUCCUGCCUGGUGCCUCCUCUCGUCUCAAAGAGGAAAAAAGCCUCCUGCUGGAGCCUCUCUGAUGAAAGGGAAAAGCAGACCCAGGAGGAUGACUCGCAACAUGGAUUUUUCGUGGAAGGUCUAACAGCAACGCGGUUCUCGAUGGUGCGGAUACCCUCAUGUUGUCUGGCGAAACCGCCGUGGGCGACUACCCUGUUGAUGCAGUGAGAACACUAUCAAAAACCGCAUACGAUGCACAACAGCAGAUAGAACUCGCAUCACAAAAAAUUAUGUUCCCACUGCGGCCAGCAUAAAGAUGAAUUGAAGUAUGAUGCUGAAUAGAAUCAUCUUGUUACCACGAUGUAUCUUUUUCUACUAAGGACGAUAAAUUGAUGCUGAAAAUCAUCUUGUUAUCUUGUUACAAUUACAAGCAUGUAUCUUUCUCUAAGCGUUAGAGAAACAAGAUACAUUGUAACAUGUUAGUUAGAGUCUACUAAUGACGAUAAUUUAUGUUGAUUUGAUGGUGGUGAUCCUGCUGUCAGUGACACUUAGUGACCAGCGGGAAAGACCACCAGAACGCUGAUUAUUUCUGGGACGACGAAUCCGAGGAAGAUCCCGCACGGCACCUCCCUUCCUGCCAUAGCAAUACUAGAGGUCCUCCUGACCUACUAGCUCUAAUGAAAAGCUCCAGCUCGAGGUGAACGAGCAUUAUCAGCGCACCCAUCGGCGUCUUUACAAGGGACUCAUUAAGCCUAGACUCUGCAAACAACUGGGGACGGCUGAAGAGAGGCAGCAGGAAAGUUUAAGAACAACAUUCUGACUUUUUUGACUAUCUAAGGUUUACCCGCUUAUUUGACUCUUCAAUGAAAGCUUAAAGUGUCGGUCUCGGUGUCCAAAAUGAAAAUUUAGAUUCUCUGAAUAGAAAUUGUCCUUCUAUCUACCUCCAAUCUUCUAUUUUCUAUCGAUGCUGUCCUUCUAUCUAUCUACUCCUGUAUCCACUAAUAAAUAUCGUAAACAAGCUGGUAUUGAUACAUCUACUUAGUAUUGUCAAAACCCUUCUUGCAUAAUUUCGGAGAACAACGAGUAUCCUUACGCUUGCGCCCCUUGGGAAACAGAACAAUUAUUCAAUUCAGUUUGGAGGUUCUAUUUUUUUUUUGUAUCGCGAGCGAGUUCCGAUAAAUCAAAACCUACCUGCGUAUUUUCCGCGUGGAUGCCGGCGCUUUUGUUCUCAACAAGAACAUCUUCACCUUCUACACCCAUCUUCACCUUCUACACCUUCAUACUAGUUGUAUUUUUCUAGUACGACCACUCACCUUCAUCAUAUCUCUCUACGACCACUGCUGCUGCUCAAAUGGAACGAACGAAAUCUGCAGCUGGAGAAGACCUGUUCAUCCGAAACAAGGACGUGAGAGCCAAGCUGCAAGCUGAUUCAGAGGAAAAUGCAGCCUAUGAGCAGAUCGGUGGAUCAAGCACGAGUCAGCAGAUGAGAAGCAGCACCGCGGAUGACGUAAGUGCAGUCUUCUCUGUCGUGCUAUUUACGUCUAGUCUGGACUCCUGAUGACGAGGCCCACUACUUUGAUAGAGAGAUCAGUGGGCAGGUGAAUUUUGAAAUUUGCAUGUAUCCUACAGAUAUUCUAUGAUAUUUUUCAUUUUCACGGUGACAAUCUUGCUCUCGACUUUGAUGCCACCUCGUCUACAAGUGUAUUACAACCGUUGUACCUUGUUCGCGCCUGCUCUGCCACUAGUUCGUUUCCGAAUGUUAUAACUUUCUUGUCAGGUCCAUCUCUACUGCUGCUCUACUCAUUUCUUACGAGGAAUCCAGCUCACGAAAACGAAAACGAAUCCACAACAACGAACCUCAAGCCCUAAUUUGCUUUCAACAACCCCCUCAGGCCCUGAUCGAAGAGAUCAUCGUGAGAAACGCUACGCAGAUAGCCAACGAUGCGAAUUGUAAGCUGAUAAUGUGCAUCACCGAAUCUGGACUCACUGCGUCUCUUUUGGCGAAGUACCGACCGACGGCGCUCGUACUGAUGCUGACCGACAACGUGGAGACGCAAAAGAAAUUUUUGCAAGUCAGGGGGAUCCGACCUGUCCUAGUUGAAAACUGCGGAAAGCUUUCGGAACAGCUUCUCAGUUACUAUUAUGGCAAGCGGGAUUCUAAAAAUGGAUUAGUUCAGGGUUCAUCUAGUUCUAGACAUUCAUUUUCACUGGUCUGUAGAGCAUGUUGACCUGCACCGGUUCAGGAUUGCGAUGAAGAAUCUAUGAUGAUGAAUUGCGGUGAAAGACAGCAGGAAUAUGUAGAAACAUUGGUGAUCUACUUUUUUUCCACUUCUUGUUUCACCUCUAAGUUCCUGACAGCAAAAACCGGGAUUCCUUGGAAUACGUGCGACAGUCUUCAGGCGCAAUGAUCGACGUGUUCGAAACGGAGGGGCUCAAGUUUGCACGGGACGCGAACCUAGUCCAACCACGUGAUAAAGUCCUACUGUUGCGGUCGAUGCCUGCCGGAUAUGACCAAAUCUUGAAGAUUUUACAAGUGUAGGAAGCAAGCAGAAGCAGGAAGUAUCAAGUAUGUUGUAAGCGACGAGUCCAGAAUUUCUAUUUCACAAUCUAUUUCACUGUUGGCGAAUGUGUGAGUAAUCAUCGUGACGAAACACUAUCACGCCGUGCGGCAGUCUGCACUGAAUUCUGUGCGAGAUUAAUUGCGUUGCAUUGUGUUGUAUCAUCUAUCCGAGCUCGCGCCUCGGUCUCGGUAAUAUGAACCUUCCGCAUUUUUUUCAAAAAGAAAACUCCCCUCGUCGUGAUAAGAAAACCCCUUUCUUAACGUCGGCCGGAUGAAUAAUGCACUGAACAACAGCUGUAUCACGUCCAUCCAGUUCUUUUUGAAAGAAGCUUUCACGAAUCUCUGCACAUGUGGACUUUGUGCGACAGGC